AUGUUAAGGCUACCAUUUUUGAAGGAUCCGGAGCAUCGUACAUUCUUGGGUUGUUCCUUGUUUUUCACUAGAAGAUAAAGAGGCCAAGUAAAAGGAUGCUACUACGGAAGAUGCAAGUGGUCACGUCUGACUUGAUUGAUUCACUCUAACUAUGACGGACCCAUCAGGAGGAGAGACCAUGGUGACAGAUGAAUCGCCGCUGCAUUUAUUCCCGGAGCCCCUGAGGAAAAAUAGUGGUCCUAGUUUCGCCCGACCAGAACAGGCAGAGGACACUUUUGAAGGAACUGCAGCAAGCGUCUUGUUUGAAAAUGUAUGUGUGUGUACUCCGGAUGCUGAUGUAGUUAAGGUCUUCAUUUUUUAGUACUAUGUAUCCCAAAUAACUAAGGGGCUCGAAACUAAGGUUAUAAUAAUCACUCAAGAACCAGGGAUAGUGAAAAAACGCUGACUCCAAUGAUGGGAGCAAAUCGCAAGGAUCUAGUCGCACUCUCCAGAAACUCGAAGUGAGUAUUCACGGCCAGAGAUACAUUCCAUCGGGUCCUGCCGUGACUACUGCCCCAGCCGAGGGCCCAGCGAAGCCGAACGCGUACCUUAGAGCUGUAUUUGCUGGCGGAAACGGUGGAGCGUCAAACGGUGGAGCGUCUCCCAAUCACUCUCCUCCAAAUCCUUCAAGCAUGACGAGCAACAAGCUCUCUCCUGCUGCGACGAACUUGGUUCUUGUAUCCGCUGCGGGAAGCAACGGGCAACCAAGAAGUACCGUGAGCGAUCCGAAGCGUCGUACAACGCGGAAAGGCGGAAAGGUUGCGAAUCGCGGUCGCGGAGAAGGUAAGUACCCGUAGAAUGGGUACACUACUACUACGACUACUACUUCUAUAACUGCAAGUACCUUGUUUUUGGUGUUGAAAAUCACGGGGGUGCAACACUGAUCGGCCUCACAGAUAGACCCCUACUGCUAUAAAAGAGGCUCCAUCUUCGCAUGACAUUUUUGGUGUUGAAAAUUGUAUCAAGAACAAACGAUCUUCCUAAAAACUGAGAUCACUCAACGACCUAUCAACAAUUGCGGAAAGAUUUCUUAAUUCAUCAACCUCUUUUCCUCAACGUGCGCACUCAUUCCACCUAGGCGGAUCAAGCACACUAGCCAUGGCGACACUGAUAGCAGAAAGCAAAGACAAGAUCCUGCUCAAGUGCGACGUUCAGCACUGCUUGCGGGAAUUAGGCAUAUUUAUGGCUGCUCCUGUGCAGGUUGUAGCAUAUACAGAGUUUUCUACUGCAGUUUCUACUCAACAGCAGAGGACCGUGUAUCCUCUUCUACGUAGAUGAAAUGGCGGCCAGGUUCACAAUUAUUCCUCUUUGGCUUCGUUGCUUGUCUUUGCUUGUCUUUUUGGCUCCCCCCUUUUUCCUCUAACAUCUGCAAGCGGCACAACCGUUUUCUUUGGGCUGAAGUGGGCCCUCUCCUGGACAAAUUUCCGGGACCAGCGAUUCACUUCUUGAACUUUUUGGCGCUCUUUCAACGUCUGUUAUGGAAAGUGCAGGUGUACGUAUUACAGGUGCUAGAAAUAGAGAGCCACAGAUUUUGACUCACGCAGAGGACCGACACGAUGUUGAAGGAAAAGAAAAAUUCUUAUUCUUGAUAGUACCUAGGUCGGGCCCUUUUCUUUGAAGAAAGUCGUAGUGCUAGUACAGCUUUUCAUUACUACUACUGGUGCUUGCAUCUGCUGUGCCUGAGCAAUACUGGCCGCGAGCAGCCCACACACCAUAAUUAAUAUACACAUAAGUAACCAUAAUGCACCCUAGAGAUGAAGAUCUCUCUUCAUAAGCGAAGGAGCUUGGCAAGCGGUUGCUGAUGGAUAUAUUUGAGUCGUACGCACCUCUGGGCGACUUCCACGCAGAGGCGGGCAACCAUGUGGUUUAUGCUCUCUUUCCGGCGUCGACUGUAUUAGCUUCAUUGUGAUAGGUCUAAAUGAUAAAGAUUAAGAUUGAUUUAAGUCUAUUGCAAUUGCAUCAAGGUUUGUUAUAAUUAAUAAUGUGGAAGUGGAAUGCUAUUGUAUUAAGUAGGAGUAGCGCCAGUAGUAGCACAGGAAGAGUCCAAAAUGAUCCAGGUAAAAGUGCCCACUUUCCUAAGUAUGGGAGAGGUGAGCCGAUUGCUGACGGAUAUUUUAAGGCCUUCUUUUUGAAAGAUACUUCAGUGAAGAGUCUGUUUUUCAAGAGUCUGCUUUUCAAGAGUCUGUUUUUGAAUGAAGAGUCUGCUUUUCAAGAGUCUGUUUUUGAAUGAAGAGUCUGCUUUUCAAGAGGAAAAGAGACCCUGCUCAAGAGGAUAUGUAUGUACUAAAUCUUGAGAUCAUGGGGGCGAGUAGAUUAGGGCGAGCUAGUACUCUCUAAAAGUAGGGCUGGCACCUAGAACGAAAGCAGAACAGGAUCAGCUACGGGCGAUACUGAACGACUCAGACGUCGACUCAAGUGGGGAAAUCGACUUUCAUGAAUUCCAGGGAUUGUAUGCUUUAUGGUAAAAUGCUUACCGUGAGGCGGUCUACGUAGUUGCUCUGUGUAAGAUUUGCUUCAAACUUGACCAGGGAGGGUUAGACCUGAACUACAUGACCAUAACCGUGGCCCGUUGUUUAGUGCUCAUCACAGUGAGUAGUUGUGUAUGUAAGGCUAACACCAGGAGAGGCUCAUGCUGUGAGAAAGAGAAUCCGACCGACAAUGGAUAGUUCGUUGUGUCCUAGCCAAUAAAUGAACCCGCAGGAGCCAAAAUAGAACCACUAGUAGAGGGACUAAAGUAGGAACAUCGCUUCUUGGCUUGUUCACUUAUCUGCAGUUCUCAUUCCACACGAUUUAUUAGAUUUAGGAAACAACUAUGCAACCUAGGUGGCCCUAGGAAGGACUACUAAUUAACUAGGAGAUCAUGAUUACUUCUACUAAUUCUAAUUCAUCACCAGUUUAGUACUAAACUAUAGUGAUUUUGGACUCUGUCACUUUUUUUGAUAUUACCGGGACUCGGACCCUAGGUAGUUUGAUUGAUAAGUGAACAGGCCAACGCAUAAACCACUAAGCCAACUGCGCAGUUGGCUUAGUGGUUUAGGCGUUGGCCUGUUCACUUAUCAUAUAGUAUGUGUCUUAUUCCUAUAAGUUACCUAGUAUCUUCGUAUCAAAUUCAAAAUUUGAUGACGUCAAAUUCAAAAUCAUGAAAGUUUAAAAGUAGAAAUAACUAUCAUGUCCUCAUCCACCUUCAUAUGCACGCGUUAUUUUGGAGUACGAGUUCACUCAAGGCGAACAGAUGCUACGGGAGGCGCGCGAACUGGGCUUCCUAGAUGAGGAACACGUGUUGGAGCUGAAGGAGAUUUUCGAUAUCAUCGACACAGAUCACAGUGGCAAGUUGGAUAUCAUUAUGGAUGCUGGUCUUUAGCAGUUCCCUAAAUCACUUACUAGCUGGAUAGCAUUAUGGUUUAGAUCACUUCUUGCUCUCUUGUGGAAUGCUUCUCAGCAGUAUGGUCACUUCUUAGCAUUGUGGAUACUUAUGCUCACUUCUUAGCGUUAUGGAUGCUCACUUCUUGCUCACUCUUUAGAGGUAGUGCAUGCAGGAUGCUCUCUAGUAGAAGUAGUGCGCUCUUGUGGUUCUUGAGAGUUAGAUGGCUGUUGUGUCUAAAGUUGUCGUUUGCUCUUUAUGGAUGCUCUCGUGGUUUAGAUCUUCACUCUCCUAUGUAUAGUUGUGGUUUAGACGAUCACUCUCUAAAGUCGUCUAGUAGACCCAUGAUUAUUGGUAAGGUGGUAAGGAGGUGUACUGAAUGGCCUCAUAUCAAACCUCAUGACAUGACAAUGCUCUAUUUCUUGGCCUAGUGUAAAUGUCGAGGUCUUCUAGCUUGUUCUAAUCUUGCAGAAGUUCGCGAGGUGAUCGGUAAGCUGUACCAUAUCGCGGCGCCGCAAAGCUUUCUGACCAGUGAAACACUUUGGGGACUCUUUCACAGUCUUGAUUAUGAGUGAGUGCAUCCCAUACUUACUUCUACCGUUCUUUCAACUACAGAGAUUUCACAAGCCUUUAGCCAUCAGAAUACGCUAGCUCUACUCAGUACUACUAGGGCCGCUUCUAGUUGAACCAAUAGGAGUGUCGAUCUCGAUCCCCAAAGGUGAUGCAUCACCUUUGGGGAUCCUCGACAAGGAGAGUUAUACAGAAAUACAAAAGAAAGUUUCUAAUCCCCACUCGACCCCCUACGGGAUGGCAUCGAUUUUCACGCUUUCUUGCGCAUGAUCCGGAAUAUAGAGUCUGGACAUCACGCCUUUGCCCAUUUAAAGGCGAUUUUCGGCUUCAAUGGGGAGGAAGAUGAACAACUGGAAGCAGAGGAGGAGACUGUUUUAUGAAGGGUUGGUAGGUUCCUAUAGAUUUGAAAGAGUGGGUAAGGCGGGUAUCAAAAGGCUAGGUUCCGAUAAAUAUAUAGAAUGGGUUUACUAAGGGUAUCAAAGGAAAACUCCUUCUCAUCCUCAAAAAUGCUGAUUUCUGAGAAUGAGAAGAAGUUUUCCGUUGAUAUGAGAAUUUUUUGCAGGCAGGUUUGGUUCUUUGUCUUCGUGGUCCUGGACGCCACCUCACUGUACAGGUAGGUAGAUGACUGAGUGAAUGGAUUAGGAAAUAGAUACUGGAACUCCCCAGGACAUUAUCGAGAGGUGCGCCCCGGGUAAGAGGCGGAACUAUCGCGCGGGGGACCCCGGUGGCGGCAAAUGUAAAACUAAUGAUAGGGACACCAGCUACAGUCUUCGGUAGCGUUUUAUUGACAACUCUCUUUCAUACUGUGAGGAGGAAGAUGCUGCAAAUGAAGAGGAGUAAUGGACGUCGGUAAGCUCCAUCAGGCGAAUAGAAAGCUGCUGCUGCGAAGGAGAAAGAACUCUAAUGCUAUUUCUAUUAUAUAAAGUAUGAACACUUAGUAGAUCUUCGAGCACUCUAAUGCUUAUUAUUACUAGACUUGUAUUGUUAUAUUAAGAUUAGGAGGUUCCAUAUCAUAAAAAUCGAUAGGAAUUCUGCAUCAUACAUUAGGUCAUCAUGGCUACCUACGUAGGUUAAUACACCAUAUUGUUCGCAGUGUGUGCAUCCUUACGAGAAAGCGAUGGACAAACAUUUAGACAUAAGCAUGUAGACUCUUGGACAGGUGCAAUACUGCUCGUUGAGCUGAAGUAUCUUAUGCGAAUAUCUCCACUUCUGUUGAUCAUCCAUUAUAUGAAAUACUAGGUUAGGUGCUGGGUAGUUUCGAUCAGGAUCAGCAUAUUAGAGCCAAUUGGAGGUGGCCAAGGCAUCCUAAUUACAUGCGGCAAGAACCUGUUUAGAAAUGUAUGGAAAUGUAACUCAAGAACGGAGGCGGAGGGCUAGCUUUGUCGAGUAUCGCGAGCAAGAAGUAGAGUAUCGCGUCGAUCGAGAACUUUUCUUGUGCUUGCUUGUACUAUAAAUGUAUAGAAGAAGAAUGAAGGAAACCGACAACUGAUGAAGGUCCUCUAGUACGCUAGCUAUGGAAACAUCAAGCGAUGAAACAAGCUCAAGUUCCAAAUCCCAAAUCUCUCUCGCAUGGUGAAACAAAUUACGCACCAUCACGGGAAAAUGCUAUUGCAUGAAACCUAACUGCGCAAUUGGUUCAGUGGCUUAGGCGUUGGCUUGUUCCCUUAUCACUGCCUAGCGC